AUGGCUUCAACACUCUUCUUUCCGGAUGUGUCUCCUACGAAUCAAGCCAGCCGAUCCAUGAAUCACAGUCCAAGUAGCAGUACAGGUCUCAAUGGGUCAACGCAUAAUCCCUGGAAUAAGAAAUAUAUUCUUACGCUAGACGGCGGAGGUGUGCGUGGUCUAUCUAGUCUACUUGUCAUCCAACAUCUUAUGGUACUUUGUAAUUCUUUUGAGCAGAGUCAAGACGAGCUGGUCAGGUCAAAUUUUCAUCCACUGCCAUUCCAACAAGGUCAAGGAUCGAUUACCAACAGCAGAAAGUCCAGAAGUGCACAGUUCUUACCGGUACAUUAUUUUGACUAUAUUGCAGGCACAAGUACUGGUGGAUUGAGUGCUAUUAUGCUCAGAGAGAAUAUAUUUGGUCAACCACGGAAGCUUUCGAUGCGUGGUCCAAUACCGUGGAAUCGGGAAAAGUAUGAUCAUCGCAAACUUGAGCAAUCUAUAAAAGAUGUUGUGAAAAGAAGAGACUGGAAAGAAGAUCAAAUUGCAGACUCUAUGUAUCCUUCAAAUAAAGACCGGUGUUGGACAAUCGUUUUAGCGGUCCGAGAAAACAACUCCGCCAACGCCCCUUACCUUUUUCGAACAUACGAACAUGUCAAAUCAGAAUUGAACUAUUCUGAAGAGCUCAAUCCCGGCCCACCGCUUCAUAUACCUAUAUGGCAAGUCGCCCGAGCAACUACUGCAGCGCCGACAUAUUUCAAACCAUUUCAACUACUUAAUGAACGCUUCGUAGAUGGAGGAUAUGGUCAUAACAACCCCACCUCGAGAACAUUUGCAGAGGUCGAACAAGUACAUGGCAAAGGCACUGUCGCCAUCACACUUAGCAUUGGUACUGGUCGACCCACAAAAGUCCAGCCAAUAGCCAGACAGAACAGUGGGCUCAUAAGCCACUACAGGCAAAUGAUCAAAUAUACCGCAACUACAACAACCGACUCCGAGCACACCCAUGAAUAUGUAAAGGCACUGACCGCGGAUCGAUGUACCUAUGAGCGCUUCAACGUUGAUGGGGGACUAGGUGACAUAGAUCUUGGAGAAUGGCGUGUUCAUGGCAAUGAAAACAUGACUCUCAAAAGGAUACGAGAACAAACUCAUGUCUACCUCAAUCAAUCAGAGGUUCGAAGAAGAAUGGAGCAAGUAGCCAAAAUGCUAGUGAGGAAUCGACAAGAGAGGUCGAGAACUGAAAAAUGGGACGUUGUGGCUACGGGUCACAGAUUUCACUGUCCUCGAUGCUGUAACGAAGAGACGAUCUUUACAAGGGAAGAAGAUUUUAAGACUCAUCUUUGUGAGGCUCAUGAGUUUUCCAGUGCCUCCGGGGAAUCUUUUGAUGAACUUAGACUGAAAAAGGCGAUUAGAGAUGGGAGAAUCUUGCAUGCGGAUUGA